GCCGCCCGGGGACCGGGGGUGGCCGGCGCUGGCGGGCUCGCCCAGUUCAGUCUGCCUUUUGAUGCUCAGCUUUUGAGUUUCAUCCAUCUUUGGUCCUUGGGCUGCCUUGCCUUGAGUUCCCACAUCUGGAUACUGCAAAGGCAGAGAAGGCAAAGUAAGUGAGGCGUCUUCGCACCACGGAGGGUCCCAUCGAGGACAAACAGUUGCCGAGCCCCUGAAAGCCCUGCUGGAUGUCAGCGGACUGAUGGCUCUGAGCUCAGCCUGGUGCUUCGUCCUGCCCUUGGGGCUCCUCUGGGGCGCGGCCGGCUCCCGCGCGUCUCAAGGGGACGACAAAGCUUUUCCUUUUGACAUUGAAGAGAGCUCAGCAGUUGGCAGACAAGACCCGCCCGAGACCAGCGAGCCCCGCGUGGCUCCCGGAAGGCUGCCGCCUGCUGCAGAGACAUGUGGUGCUGGAUUCUUUCUCGCCCACUCAGGAGAAUGUUCACCCUGUGACUGUAACGGGAAUUCCAACGAGUGCGUGGACGGCUCUGGACUCUGUGUGAACUGCCAGCGGAACACAACAGGAGAGCGCUGUGAGAAAUGUCUAGAUGGUUAUAUCGGAGAUUCCAUCAGGGGACCCCCCCAGCUCUGCCAGCCAUGCCCCUGUCCCCUACCACAACUGGCCAAUUUUGCAGAAUCCUGCUAUAGGAAAAAUGGAGCUGUUCGGUGUAUUUGUAAGGAAAACUAUGCUGGGCCUAACUGUGAAAGAUGCGCUCCUGGUUACUAUGGAAACCCCUUGCUCAUUGGAAGCGCCUGUAAGAAAUGUGACUGCAGUGGAAAUUCAGAUCCCAAUCUGAUUUUUGAAGACUGUGAUGAGGUCACUGGCCAGUGUAGGAACUGCUUACGGAACACCACUGGAUUCAAGUGUGAUCGCUGCGCCCCCGGCUACUACGGGGAUGCCAGGAUAGCCAAGAACUGCGCAGCGUGCAAUUGCGGGGGAGGCCCCUGUGACAGUGUAACCGGAGAAUGCUUGGAAGAAGGUUUUGAAGCCCCUACAGGCAUGGACUGCCCAACCAUAAGCUGCGAUAAGUGCAUCUGGGAUCUGACGGACGACCUGCGGUUGGCGGCGCUCUCCUUCGAAGAAAGCAAGUCCGGCCUCCUGAGUGUGUCCUCUGGUGCCGCUGCCCAUAGACAUGUGAAUGAAAUGAACUCCACCAUCCACCUCCUCAAAACAAAAUUGUCAGAAAGAGAAAACCAGUAUGUCCUAAGGAAGAUACAGAUCAGCAACGCUGAGAAUACAAUGAAAAGCCUUCUGUCGGACCUACAUGAACUAGCUGAAAGGGAAAGUCAAGCCUCAAGAAAGAGCCAACUGGCUCAGAAGGAAAGUACGGAUACCAUUAACCAUGCAACUCAGCUUGUAGAGCAAGCCCACGACAUGAGGGAUAAAAUCCAAGAGAUCAACAACAAGAUGCUCUAUUAUGGGGAGGAGCAGGAGCUUAGCCCUGAAGAAAUCUCUGAGAAGCUGGUGUUGGCCCAGAAAAUGCUGGAGGAGAUUAGAAGCCGUCAACCAUUCUUCACUCAGAGGGAGCUUGUGGAUGAGGAGGCAGACGAAGCUUAUGAAUUGUUAAGCCAGGCUGAGAGUUGGCAGCGACUGUACAAUGAUACCCGAUCUCUGUUUCCUGUGGUCCUGGAGCAGCUGGACGACUACAACGCUAAGUUGUCAGACCUCCAGGAAUCACUUCACCAGGCCGUUGUCCAUAUCAGGGACGCGGAAGACAUGAACAGAGCCACGGCAUCCAGGCAGCGGGACCACGAGAAACAACAUGACAAAGUGAGGGAACACAUGGAUGGGGUCAACGCUUCCCUAAAGACGUCAUCGGACUCUCUGAUAAUCCCUCGUCUGACUCUUGCAGAACUUGACGACAUAAUAAAGAAUGCCUCGGGGAUUUAUGCUGAAAUAGAUGGAGCCAGAGAUGAACUACAGGGAAAGCUGUUCAACCUAAGUAAUCUCAGUCCCGAUUUAGUCCAAGAAGCUGUUGACCAUGCCCACAACCUUCAUCAAGAGGCUGAUGAACUGAGCAGGAAUUUACACAGUUCAGAUAUGAACGGGCUGGUUCAGAAGGCUUUGGAUGCUUCAAAUGUCUAUGAAAAUAUUGCCAAUUAUAUUAGUGAAGCCAACAAUACAGCAGAAUUGGCUUUGAACGUCACUGACCAAAUUUAUGAUGCUGUGAGUGGGAUUGAUACGCAAAUCAUUUACCAUAAAGAUGAGAGUGAGAACCUCCUUAAUCAAGCCAGACAACUGCAAACAAAGGCAGAUUCCAGCAAUGUUGAGGCAGUGGCUGACACCAGCAGGCGUGUGGGUGGAGCUCUAGCAAGAAAGAGUGGCCUCAAAAACAGAUUAAAUGAUGCCAUUAAACAACUACAAGCCACAGAAAGAGGUGAUACUCAGCAGCGCCUGGGUCAGUCCAAGCUGAUCACCGCGGAAGCAAACAGGACCACAAUGGAAGUCCAACAGGCUACAGCCCCGAUGGCUCACAGUCUAACCAGCUGGUCACAGAAUCUUCAAACUUUUGACUCUACUGCUUACAACACUGCAGUGGACUCUGCCAGAGAUGCAGUAAGAAAUCUGACAGAGGUUGUCCCUCAGCUCCUGGAUCAGCUUCGUACAGUUGAGCAGAAGCGACCUGCCAGCAACGUUUCCACCAGCAUCCAGAGGAUCCGAGAGCUCAUUGCUCAGACCAGAAGUGUCGCCAGCAAGAUCCAAGUCUCCAUGAUGUUUGAUGGCCAGUCUGCAGUUGAAGUGCACCCUAAAACCAAAGUGGAAGACUUAAAGACCUUCACGUCCCUGAGCCUGUAUGUAAAACCUCCCAUUGUGAAGCAGCCAGAACUGGCCGGGACUGCAGACCAGUUUAUCUUAUACCUCGGAAGUAAAAAUGCCAAAAAAGAAUACAUGGGCCUUGCAAUCAAAAAUGAUAACCUGGUAUAUGUUUAUAAUUUGGGAACUAAGGAUGUAGAGAUUCCCCUGGACUCCAAGCCUGUCAGUUCAUGGCCUGCUUACUUCAGCAUUGUCAAGAUUGAAAGGGUAGGAAAACAUGGCAAGGUAUUUUUAACAGUCCCAAGUCUCAGCAGCACUGCAGAGGAGAAGUUUAUUAAAAAGGGAGAGUUCGUAGGGGAUGACUCUUUGUUGGAUCUGGACCCCGAGGACACUGUGUUUUAUGUUGGUGGUGUGCCUUCAAACUUCAAGCUUCCUGCCAGCUUAAACCUGCCCGGCUUCACUGGCUGCCUGGAGCUGGCCACUUUGAAUAAUGAUGUGAUGAGCUUGUACAACUUUAAGCACAUCUAUGAUAUGGAUCCCUCCAAAUCAGUGCCCUGCGCCAGAGAUAAGCUGGCCUUCACUCAGAGUCGGGCUGCCAGCUACUUCUUUGAUGGCUCCAGUUAUGCCGUGGUGAGGGAUAUCACCAGGAGAGGGAAGUAUGGUCAGGUGACUCGUUUUGACAUAGAAGUUCGAACACCAGCUGACAAUGGACUUGUGCUUCUGAUGGUCAAUGGAAGUAGGUUUUUCAGCCUGGAAAUGCGCAAUGGUUACUUGCAUGUGUUCUAUGACUUUGGAUUCAGCAAUGGCCCUGUGCAUCUUGAAGACACUUUGAAGAAAGCUCAAAUUAAUGAUGCAAAAUAUCAUGAGAUCUCAAUCAUUUACCACAAUGAUAAGAAAAUGAUUCUGGUGGUUGACAGACGGCAUGUCAAGAGCAUGGACAAUGAAAAGAUGAAAAUACCUUUUACAGACAUAUACAUUGGUGGGGCUCCCCCAGAAAUCUUACAAUCCAGGACUCUAAGAGCACACCUCCUUCUAGAUAUAAACUUCAGAGGAUGCAUGAAGGGUUUCCAGUUCCAAAAGAAAGAUUUUAACUUAUUAGAGCAGCCAGAAACCCUGGGCGUUGGCUACGGAUGCCCAGAAGACUCUCUUAUAUCUCGAAGAGCAUAUUUCAAUGGACAGAGUUUUAUUGCUUCAACUCAGAAAAUAUCGUUCUUUGAUGGCUUUGAAGGAGGAUUUAAUUUCCAAACGUUACAGCCAAACGGGUUACUCUUCUAUUAUGCUUCAGGGUCAGACGUAUUCUCCAUUUCGUUGGAUAAUGGCACCGUGGUCAUGAACGUGAAGGGGACCAAGGUGCAGUCGACAGAUAAGCAGUACCAUGACGGGCUGCCCCACUUCAUCAUUACCUCUGUCUCACCCACAAGAUACGAACUGAUAGUAGAUCAAAGCAGACUUGGGAGUAAGAGCCCCACCAAGGGGAAAGCGGAGCACACGCAAGCAGGUGAAAAGAAGUUUUACUUCGGUGGCUCACCCAUCAGUCCCCAGUAUGCUAACUUCACCGGCUGCAUAAGUAAUGCCUACUUUACCAGGUUGGACAGAGAUGUGGAGGUAGAAGACUUCCAGCGGUAUCCUGAAAAGAUCCACACUUCUCUUUACGAGUGUCCCAUCGAAUCUUCACCGUUGUUGCUCCUUCACAAAAAAGGAAAAAAUUCCUCAAAAUCUAAAACAAGUCAGAAUAAAAAGGGAGAGAAAAAUAAAGAUGCACCUUCAUGGGAUCCUGUUGGCCUGAAAUUCCUGGAGAGGGCUGCUCCCAGAGACUCCCAUUGCCACCUUUCCAACAGCCCUAGAGCGAUAGAGCACGCCUAUCAGUACGGAGGAACAGCCAACAGCCGCCAAGAGUUUGAACACUUAAGAGGAGAUUUUGGUGAAAAGUCUCAGUUCUCCAUUCGUCUGAAAACACGUUCCUCCCAUGGGAUGAUUUUCUAUGUCUCCGAUCAAGAGGAAAAUGACUUCAUGACGCUAUUCUUAGCCCAUGGCCGCCUGGUUUUCAUGUUUAAUGUUGGCCACAAGAAACUGAAGAUUAGAAGCCAGGAGAAAUAUAAUGAUGGAUUGUGGCAUGAUGUGAUAUUUAUUCGAGAAAGGAGCAGUGGCCGAUUGGUAAUUGAUGGCCUUCGAGUUCUAGAAGAAAGUCUUCCUCCUACUAGAGCUUCCUGGAGAAUCAAAGGACCCAUUUAUUUGGGAGGUGUGGCUCCUGGAAGAGCUCUGAAAAACGUCCAGAUAAACUCAGUCUACAGCUUCAGUGGCUGUCUCAGCAACCUGCAGCUCAAUGGGGCCUCCAUCACCUCAGCUUCUCAGACAUUCAGCGUGACUCCUUGUUUCGAGGGUCCAAUGGAAACAGGAACAUACUUUUCAACAGAAGGAGGAUACGCAGUUCUAGACGAGUCUUUCAACAUCGGAUUGAAGUUUGAGAUUUCGUUUGAAGUCCGUCCCAGAAGCAGUUCUGGAACCCUUGUCCACGGUCACAGUGUCAAUGGGGAGUACCUAAAUGUUCACAUGAAAAACGGGCAGGUCACAGUGAAAGUCAACAAUGGCAUUCGAGACUUUUCCACCUCGGUAACGCCCAAGCAGAGUCUCUGUGACGGCAGGUGGCACCGCAUUACAGUUAUUCGAGACUCCAAUGUGGUUCAGCUGGAUGUGGACUCCGAAGUGAACCAUGUCGUUGGGCCCCUGAAUCCAAAACCAGUCGAUCACAGGGAGCCUGUGUUCGUCGGAGGUGUUCCAGAGUCUCUACUGACCCCACACUUGGCCCCCAGCAGACCCUUCACAGGCUGUAUCCGUCACUUUGUGAUUGAUGGGCGCCCAGUGAGCUUCAAUAAAGCAGCGCUGGUCAGCGGCGCUGUGAGCAUCAACUCCUGUCCAGCAGCCUGACACAGCAGAGCGGAGACGCCCAAAUACAAAGUUCUUUACAGCACUGAAGGGAACACAAAGCCAGCGGGAGGAACAGCACCUCUUCCUCUGGUGGCAUCUUUCAGCUGGUGGGGCAGGACUUAAAUGAAUGAAUGAAUCAUCAGGGACUGGAUGUUUAUUAUUUCUCAUUCGGAUUCUUACCUUGGAUCCAAACUGUCUGCAAUGUAUGAAAAUUGAAUGAGUGUUAAACUCACCUGUAUUACUUCCUGCUGGUGAAAUUACUGCUCCUGUUUCUAAUAAAAUAGGAGGAAUUCUGAAUAAACACUGGCACACAUUUUUUAAAGUA